AUGGGGAGAAAAUCAAUACAUCCAGGAAAACAACUGUUGAUAACAUUAUGGUUUUUAGCUACACCAGAUUCUUACAGAUCCAUACAUGUUCAAUUUGGUGUUGGAAAAGCAACAGCAUUUAGAGUAAUAAGGCGCGUCACCUAUGCUGUUCAUUGUCUGGCACCAAGAUUUAUUCAAUGGCCAAAAGGUGAAGUACUAAAUCGCACUAUUGAAGAAUUUUCAAAAACAAGAGGUUUUCCUAACGUAAUUGGAGCCCUUGAUGGAUCGUAUAUCAAAAUUAGAGCUAAAACAAAAGAUGCUGCUUCGUACAUAUGUAGAAAACAGUUUCAUGCAAUUCACUUGCAAGCUGUAUGUGAUGCAAAACGCCUAUUCACUCAUUGCUAUGCAGGGCCUGUUGGCUCAGUACAUGAUUCAAGAGUAUUUAGAAAUUCUCCACUCGCUCAUUACAUUGAGGCACCAAAUGAGUAUUUUCCAUUAGACACUCACAUUGUAGCAGAUUCUGCAUAUGCGAUUCAUCCCUAUGUGAUGGUUCCAUUUAGGGAUAAUGGUCAUCUUACAGCACGUCAAAAAAAUUUCAAUUUUUGCUUGUCGUCAACUCGAAUACGCAUAGAACAAGCUUUUGCAGCAUUAAAAAUACGAUUUCGUAUUUUAUUGGAUUGUUUACCAUUAACUGAUAUAAAAAAGAUACCAGAAACUAUAUUAGCUUGUUGCACUCUUCAUAACAUCUGCAUAUUACAAAAUGACGAGUUUCCAGUUGCGAUAUAUUCAAAUGCUGAAAAUGCUGUACCUGAUAUAGAAGCUGGGGUUGAAUUAGGCAAUAUUAAAAGAAAUAGAAUUAUGUAUGAACUAAGAAUGUGGGCUAGAGACUAA